AUGGCGUCGAAGCUUUCCAGUAAAUCUGCGCCAAUCGUCGUCGUCGGCGCUGGAGUAUUUGGUCUUAGCACCGCCCUUCACUUGGCGGAGCGCGGUUACACUAAUGUCAAAGUUCUUGACAAACAACCAUACCACGAGUCACAAUACUCGUACAAUAAAGGCUGUGAUGCAGCUUCAGCAGAUAUCAACAAAAUCAUCCGCGCGGCCUACGGUAAAGAAAUCUGGUAUCAGAAUCUAGCACUUGACGCCAUCACCAAGUGGAAAAAGUGGAAUGAUGACAUAAAGACGGGCAAGUUGACUCCCCCAGGGAUGUCGUCUUCUGAUACACUAUUUGUCAACAAUGGUUGUGUCACGAUCACUUCGGACUCGUCGCUUUCCCCGUUCGACAGGGAUACCAUACAAAACAUGGCCAAGGUUGGUUUAGAACACACUCAGAUCGACCUACAUAGCGACAAAGACUUGAAACGGGCAAAGGAUCAAGGAUUUGAAUUCGCAAUCAAGGCUUUCAACCUCAGAGGCAACUCAGCUCUGUUGGAUACGCAGUCUGGCUUUGUCUACGCCGAUAAGGCCUGUCGCUUUGCACUACACAAGGCAGAGAGCCUGGGGGUUCAAUUCGUUUUUGGGGAGUUGACUGGCAAAUUUGUGAGCUUUCUAGAGAACACUGAAUCUCAAGUCACUGGUAUCCGCACAGCGGAUGGAGCAGUUCAUUCGGCUGAACUCACUAUCCUGGCUUGUGGUGGCUGGACCCCUUCGCUUCUCCCACAGCUCGACAAUCUAUGUGAGACUACGGCGGGUAGCGUUGCUAUCUUCCAGUUGCCACCUGAUAAAACUCUUUGGGAUCGUUUUGCACCCGAGAACUUCCCUACAUGGUCAUACAAUAUGCGCCAUGGCAAGUACGGUGGGCUUUACGGCUUUGCUAGAGACCCAAAUGGCGUCGUUAAGAUCGGAUAUCGUGGAACAAAGUUCACAAAUCCACAGACUCAGCCGGAUGGAGCUAUCCGAAGCGUUCCGAAGACCCGUUGGACACAAGAGCCUAUACGUCAAAUCCCUCUUGUCGGAGCCCGAGUGAUCAAAGCCUUCGUGAAGGAGUUUAUCCCCGAGUUGGCGCAAUGCGAGAUGAGCACCCGGCUCUGUUGGUACACCGAUUCGUAUGAUAACCAAUUCGUUAUCGACUUUGUUCCCAACCUCAAGGGAUUGAUGGUAGCCACGGGCGGCAGUGGACAUGGAUUCAAGUUCCUACCUAAUCUGGGAGAGCAUGUGGUAGACAGGAUUGAAGGCAAGGACAGUGAAUAUCUUGAUCUAUGGAAGUGGAGGAGUUUGGAGGCCACACAGAAACCGUACAACAGUCUCAUGGAAGGAGUUGGAAGCGAACGAUCACUUCAACAUCAGCCUUUGACAGCCUUCGAUGGGUCUACCAAGGAGCUCAGUCGACUAUAA